AUCGCUCGUCAUCCCGGAUCGCUUCCUCCUCCCCUGCUUCUCCAGCGUUCGAUCUCCGAACCGAAAAAAAAAAUCAAUAAUACCUCGCGGCGCGCCAAAUACGAAUCAAAUCAAAGGGUUCCGGCAGCGAGGCGGUGGCCGAUGGCGGAGGCUUCUUCGUCCAGCACGGUAGAUGGAGCCGGAAGCCACGAAAGUGGCGGCAGCGUGCGGGAGCAGGAUCGCUUCCUCCCCAUCGCCAACAUCAUUCGGAUCAUGAAGAAGGGCCUCCCAGCCAACGCCAAGGUCGCCAAGGACGCCAAGGAAACGAUGCAGGAGUGCGUCUCGGAGUUCAUCAGCUUCGUCACCAGCGAGGCGAGCGAUCGUUGCCAGAAGGAGAAGCGGAAGACGAUCAAUGGGGACGAUCUGCUUUGGUCGAUGGCGACGCUAGGGUUUGAGGACUACAUCGAGCCGCUGAAGUUAUACCUGCAGAAAUACCGUGAAUUGGAGGGUGGAGAUGGAACUGCAAGGAGAGAAAUGGGGGGAUCUCAUCCUGGCACAACCACACCAGGGGAAUACCAGGUUCAUCAACAAAAUUCUCUUGCACAGGGCAUGAAUUACGUGAAUCCUCAGUUCUAUAACGGCGACAUCUGACUUUCAAUAUCAUCUGUUUACAUUCUAGGAGAUAUUUCUUCCAGGUUCGGCCUGCAACGCAAGAAGUAUUUCUUCAUGGUGCCUUUGUUUUUUUUUUCCCUUUUCAUUUGGUGCAAAUUGUUUAUUUUUGUAGAUGGCCAGUUUUCCAUAAUUCCAACUACUGAUCUGGUAUAAUUACCGAUCCCAUUUAACUUAAGACAGACCUGUUAAUUUUGUUUUUUUUUAAUUAAAGUAUUUUAUUUGUUGGUC